GCCUCUUAGCGGUCGGCUCUAGUUGUGUAGUCUUUUGGUGGUUGUUGCUGAUGAUAAAUGAGCUCAAUUCUCAUUGCUCUACACACUAUAUUCGCGAUCGACAAAAUGGUAACUCGUUUUCGGUGAUUAUUGCGGAAUUGAUUGACUGGAAACAAGUUCUUGGAUUUCAAAGAAUUUCUGUGAAUCGGUAAUAGCAUCAGUGAUACUGAAUAUUUUGUUUGGAUUUCUGCAGGUAUAAAAUAAACCACUAAAAGCUCUGAAUCAUGGAGGUAGCCAAGCAGUCCAACCUUCCUCAAUGUCCUGCCGAGAAAGCAAACUUCGCCUCCUACAUCGUUUUCGGUUGGGUUCUGCCCAUAUUUUACAAGGGCUUCAAAAAAGAACUAGGUCCGGAGGAUAUGUAUCAGCCAAUGAAAGCUCACAAAUCCGACAAUCUUGGUAAUCGCCUCUGUCGUGCCUGGGAAAACGAGAUGGCCAACAAACAGGCUAAAGGCAAGAAACCAAGUCUCAUGCGAGCUAUGUCCAAGGUAUUUGGAUGGAACAUUGUACUGCUGGGAUUAAUACUGCUGGUGCUAGAACUGGCAUUUAAAGUUACGCAACCGAUUUUUCUUGGUAGUUUGGUUGCAUACUACUCUCAGCAGAACGGAAACAUCAAUGACGCUUAUCUUUAUGCAGCGGCCGUCGUUAUGUGUAGUGCGAUCAGUGUGCUCUUCAUGCACUCAUACAUGCUUUCUCAAUUGCAUUUGGGUAUGAAACUGCGAGUUGCCGCCUGCAGUAUGAUUUAUCGAAAGUCUCUACGGUUAAGUAAAACCGCCCUAGGAGAUACAACGGCCGGACAAGUCGUGAACCUUCUUUCCAACGAUGUUGGCCGCUUAGAUUUGGCCGUACUUUUUGUUCAUUACCUGUGGAUUGGACCGCUGGAAACGAUCAUCGUUACAUACUUAAUGUAUCGGGAAAUUGGCAUUUCGGCAGUAUUCGGCGUAACCUUCUUACUGAUGUUUAUCCCGCUGCAAGCUUACCUCGGAAAAAAGACCUCGGUGCUUCGGUUGCAGACAGCUCUAAGAACCGACGAACGGGUGCGUUUAAUGAAUGAAAUCAUUCAAGGAAUUCAAGUAAUCAAAAUGUAUACAUGGGAAAAACCGUUCGCGAAGCUGGUAGCCAUGGCAAGAAAAAAAGAAAUCAAAGUCAUCCGAUAUGUCUCGUACAUUCGGGGUAUUCUGCUGUCCUUCAUCAUGUUCACCACCCGAGUGUCGAUUUUUAUCAGCUUGAUCGCAUAUGCUUUGUUGGGUAACUUUGUGACGGCAGAAAAAGCCUUCGUCGUAACGGCAUACUACAACAUCUUACGCGCCACAAUGACUAUUUUCUUUCCACAAGGUAUCGCUCAGUUUGCUGAAGCGAUCGUUUCUGUGCGUCGUAUUCAGAAGUUUAUGUCCUAUGAAGAAGUUGAAGCUGCACUGGGCGUUUCAAUGACCGAACCAGAAAAGGACAAAGACGAUGAUUUAUUCGACAGUAGUAGCGAAGAUUUGAACAACGGCGUAAAGAAACCGGUUGCAUUGGAUGCGGAUCGAAUGAUGCGACAUUCGGAAUCCGAUGGUUUGAAUGAACAACCCAAUGCGGAAAGGCAUCUCUCUGAAGCUGGUGUGAUUGUUGAUUUGGCUACGGCCCGGUGGGAUCCUAAAGCAACAGAGUAUACAUUGGAAGGAGUUAAUUUGCAUGUUCAGCCCGGAACACUAGUAGCAGUUAUUGGCCCGGUGGGUGCCGGAAAGUCAAGCUUAAUCCACGCGAUACUUGGAGAGUUGCCUUUAGAGGGAGGUAGUAUAAAGAUGAACGGAGAAGUAUCAUAUGCUUCGCAAGAACCAUGGCUAUUUUCGGCCUCGGUUAGACAAAACAUCCUUUUUGGAUUACCCAUGGACAAAGAGCGAUACAAACGAGUAGUAAAAACGUGUGCUUUGGAACGAGAUUUCCAGCUGUUUGCGAACGGCGAUAAAACCAUAGUCGGGGAACGUGGCGUUUCGUUAUCAGGAGGACAAAAAGCUCGUAUCAGUUUAGCACGAGCAGUCUACCGACAGGCCUCUGUGUAUCUUCUAGACGAUCCGCUUAGUGCCGUAGAUGCUCAUGUUGGACGCCACCUGUUUGACCAUUGUAUGCGUGAUUAUCUCAAGGGAAAGAUUGUAAUAUUAGUUACUCAUCAGUUACAGUAUUUGCAAAGUGCCGAUCAAAUUGUAAUUCUCAAACAUGGCAGAGUUGAAGCAGUUGGAACAUACGAUAAUUUACGGGAGACUGGUUUAGACUUUGCGCAACUUUUAUCCGCACCAAGUGGUAAGGAAGACGAUGAUGGUACAGAUUCUGAAGCCUUUAAACGUUCCGGUAGUUUAUACCGGAGACAAAGCAGCGAGUCCAGUACGGAUUCCACUACAGUUGACGGAGAUACUACAGAUAUUCAGGUGAACGAAGAAAAACGCAAGGAGGGUUCUAUUGGAUUUGCUGUGUAUAAAGCGUAUUGCAAAGCGAGUGGAGGUUACACAAUAGUAUUUUUGCUAUUUAUGGCUUUUGUUAUGUCACAGUUGGCUGCUUCGGGAGGGGACUACUUUCUUAACUAUUGGGUGAACAAGGAAGAAUCUAGAAUUAAUUCAAUCACCGCGAUUGAUAAUAGUACGGAAAUCCUUGCUGACAAGCCAGAAAAUGUAACUGAGCUAAAUGCAGAAAAAAGUACAACAGACAACGUAGUGAAAGACAUUUUUCGUGGACUUUUGGACUCAUUCCGGCAAUUGACUGGAUCAGAAGAUGAAGGAAGAUAUAUUGAUACUUAUAUUUUUAGCGGUCUAACUCUAGCGACUGUUGUCAUAACGCUGAGCAGAAGUAUGCUAUUCUUUAAGACGGCAAUGCGUGCUUCUCGAAGACUGCACGAUUCCAUGUUCGAUGGUGUUACUCGUGCCACCAUGUAUUUCUUCAACACAAAUCCGUCUGGUCGAAUCUUAAACCGUUUUUCCAAAGACAUGGGGCAGAUUGACGAAUAUUUGCCGUCGGUUAUGGUGGAUGUAGUUCAAAUUUUUCUUUCUCUGCUCGGAAUCGUAGUUGUGGUGGCAAUCGUAAAUCCGUACAAUUUAAUUCCCACUCUAGUGAUAGGAAUUAUUUUCUACUUUCUACGGGAUCUGUAUCUGCACACAUCUCGCAACGUUAAACGCGUCGAAGCCAUUACACGAUCACCCAUUUACUCUCACCUAUCCGCCUCACUCUCUGGACUUUCCACUAUACGUGCCUUUGGUGCAGAAAAGAUCUUGGUUCGGGAAUUCGAUGGUCACCAAGAUCUUCACAGUUCCUCUUUCUAUCUGUUCAUUUCAACAUCACGAGCAUUUGGAUUCUACUUAGAUGUGUUUUGCGUAAUCUACAUAGCAAUUGUAACGUUAACGUUCUUUGUUCAUGGAGGCAGUGGUGGCAAUGUGGGCCUAGCAAUUACCCAAGCUCUAGGCAUGACUGGCAUGGUGCAAUGGGGAAUGCGUCAGUCGGCAGAACUUGAAAAUACGAUGACUGCAGUUGAGCGAGUUGUUGAGUACGACACGGUCGACCCGGAGCCGGCACUGGAAGCUGAUGGUGAUAAGAAACCGCCGAAAGAGUGGCCUCAGAAGGGCCGAGUGAAAUUUGAAAAACUAUCUUUGCGAUAUCAUCCAGACCCGAAGACUGACCGCGUUCUUAAAGAGCUGGAAUUCGAAAUUGAACCAUGUGAAAAAAUAGGCAUUGUGGGUCGCACCGGUGCUGGUAAAUCUUCAUUAAUUAAUGCACUGUUCAGACUGUCCUACAAUGAGGGCUCAAUUGUAAUCGAUGCGCGAGAUAUACAUGAGAUGGGUUUACAUGACUUACGCGGCAAAUUAUCGAUAAUUCCUCAAGAGCCAGUCUUGUUUUCUGGAACACUGCGGUACAAUUUGGAUCCGUUCGACGAAUACCCCGAUGAGAAAUUGUGGCGCGCUCUUAAAGAGGUGAAAUUAGAAAGUGCUGUUAACGAAUUACCUUCAGGACUAUCAUCAAAAAUUAACGAGGGUGGAAGCAACUUCAGCGUUGGUCAACGUCAAUUAGUUUGCCUGGCUCGCGCCAUACUUAGGGAGAACAAGAUUCUGGUGAUGGACGAAGCGACUGCUAAUGUUGAUCCUCAGACUGAUAAAUUGAUACAGCAAACAAUUCGAGAAAAAUUCGAUGAUUGCACAGUGCUAACAAUUGCGCACAGAUUGAACACCGUGAUGGAUUCCGAUAAGGUACUAGUAAUGGAUGCUGGACAUUGCAUUGAAUUUGGCACUCCGUACGAACUAUUGACCACAAAAGAAGGUCCACGAGUAUUCUACGGAAUGGUAAAACAAACAGGCAAAAGUACUUUUGAAAGUCUCCUGAAAACUGCAAAGGAGGCUCACAACCGUAAGCAAGGACGAAACGAUGGUCUCGCGAGCUAAAUUCUACUCGGUAUACGAAGGCACACACCCCAUCUUCAAGUAUAGUGAAGAUAUAAGGCCACUAUACACACUACCAUCAGCGCGUACUUUUUCGCACCAAUAGUUAAUAAGAAUAGGAUAAGCUAAACUAAACGUAUGAGCCGAUUUUGAUACUUGAUCAAAAUAAAUCAAAUAAUUAAGCUCACCACAAGUGCUACUUACAUUGUAUACUGUCAUAUUAAUGAUUAUGCAGUUGUACUUAAGAACUGACUACAAUAUGUGCCGCAGUACAAACCAAUAGAGAGUAACAACUUUCCUAACGGGUCUCGUUGAAAAGACCAUAAAAGUGCUUAAAGUUUAUUGGUGUUAUGUUAUUGUAUAAAUUAUUAAAAGUGCGACUGAUUGGUUCAGGCUACUUAGAAACUCAGUUAUAAGUCACGUAACUAAUUCUUCAGUACUUGUUCAUGUUCAUUUUUCUUAGAAUAUUAAUUAAACAUUACACUUACAUCAACCAACUAGAAGAAAAAAAAAGUUCCACUAUACUAUGACAUUGAACCUCAGAAAUUAAUAUCUUCAUGUUCAGCAGUGAUUUUGUUCAAUUCGCUGUUAAAAGAGAAAUUGUUUGUUUUUUGAUGUAAUAAAUGAUAUUAUUUGGAAAAAAUAUGUUUAUUUCCCAAACAUUUAGCGUUGUAUUUCGAACUCAAA